AUGGGCCUUCGCGCCGGUACAGCUAGCCAGGGCUACAGCUACGCUACCCUGGCUGCGUGCAUCGCGAAGGCGGAUCGCGGCGCGGAGAGGCGAAAUAGCCGCAGCCAGGCCUUGACCGACUCUCGGCGCGUGUCGCUGGACAGCGUUGCUCGAGCUCGAGUAGGCCGUCGAUACUCGAGAGAUUCACCCCCUCCCCGUUUCCGCGCCGAGACCGGGCCCCCGUCGGCGUACACGAGCCUCCCGUCCGGCCUGACAGUUCCAAAGGGCAUCGUCAGCGGCAGCAGCAAGGACCGUCGCCUCGAUGCCCAGUCAAAGGCAAAGGGCCACCACACCGCUUCGCACCAGGCCACAGGCUCGAAGCCGCUGAGGCACAGAGCUAAGAGGGAGCACGAGCCUCGCAAGCGCGCCACGGACCGGUCGCGACGCCGAAAAAGCACAUCCAAAAGGUCGGUCGACCGCCAGCAACAACGCCGCCCCUUCAGCCUCAGCAGCGCCCAAUCCAAGGACACUGGGCAGUCAUCGGUGAAGGCAAAGAAACAACCGCAGCAGAGUAGUAAGGGCAAGUCGAAGGAGGACUAA